AUGUGGAAUUCAAUGAUUAAUGAACGUGAUGAACCACACAUUAGAACUUAUGCAGAAAUAUUAAAACAAAAACAGGAUGAUGAAGGAUACCAAACUACAACAAGACAAAAACAUAUUCAAUUUUUAAAAAAAUCUUUAUUUCAACUUAGUGAAGCUUAUCAGUGUUUAGAUUCUAGUAGACCAUGGUUAUGUUAUUGGAGUCUACAUUCUCUUCAAAUUUUAGGAGAACGUUUAGAAUAUGAUGAAUAUUCUAAAAUUAUUAGUUUUUUAGCCAAAUGUCAAUCACCAGAAGGAGGUUUUGGAGGAGGUCCAGGACAGCAUCCUCAUUUAGCCUCUACAUAUGCAGCAAUAAAUGCAUUAUGCACUAUUGGUACACCUCAAGCUUAUCAAGUAAUUAAUAGAAAAGGACUUAAACAGUUUUUAUCAUCUUUACAUGGAGAAGAUGGUUCUUUUAGUUUGCAUAAAGAUGGAGAAACAGAUAUAAGAGGAAUAUAUUGUGCUCUUUCUGUAGCAAAACUAACAAAUGUAUAUACUCCUGAAAUAUUUAAAGAAAGUGAAAGUUGGAUAGCUAAAUGUCAAACAUGGGAAGGUGGUUUUGGUGGUUCUCCUGGCAUGGAAGCUCAUGGAGGAUAUGGAUUUUGUGGAUUAGCAGCAUUAGUGCUUCUUGGGAAACCUCAUUUCUGUUGUUUGAAAUCAUUUUUGAAGGUGGAUUCCAAGGACGCACAGAGAAGUUAG